AUGUCUUUCGCCUACAAACAUGUUCUCCUUGUCGGAGCCACGGCGGGCAUUGGAAAGGGCAUGGCAGACCGCUUGGUCAAGGAAGGCGUAAAAGUCACCGCAGUCGGUAGGAGACAGGAUAGGUUGGAUAGAUUCGUGAAGGAACAUGGUGAAAGUAAAGCCAGCGGUAUUGCUCUAGAUAUUGGCAACUUGGCAGUAAUUCCGAAGUUCGCUGAGGACGUUAUGAUUAAAUCACCCGACAUCGAUUGUCUCUUCCUCAAUGCUGGAGUUCAAAGCGCUGCCGAUUUCUCCAAACCGGAGACGGUGGACCUAGCAAAGUUCAAUUCGGAGAUGAACAUCAAUUUCCUCAGUUAUGUGGCCUUAGUUCAUGCUUUCAUCCCAUUCCUCAAAUCCAAAGGAACCGAAACAGGAAUCAUAUUCACUGGAAGCCAUCUCGCCAUCGUCCCCGCCGCUACCUUGCCUGCAUACUCUGCUUCCAAGGCAGCGCUAAAUGCCUUCACCCUUUGCCUGCGUGACAAUCUCAGAAAUACCAGCAUCAAAGUUAUCGAGCUCUCGCCUCCCGUGGUUCAAACCGAGCUUCAUGACUAUGUCGGUGACCGUGGACGCACGAUGGGUAUGCCACUUGAGGAAUUCACUCAGAUUGCAUAUGAUGGACUUGUCUCUGGCAGUGACCAAAUAAUUGUUGAUAAUCCGAAUAUGUCGAUGGAGACUUUCAAUGGUAUCGUCGAUAACCGGAGAGGGGCCUUUGCCGCUCUUUGCAAGUUAAUUCGAGGCCCAUGA